AUGCUGCCGGAUGCCGAGCGUGCCAAGAUGGAUGCCAAGAUCGCCGACCUCAAGGCGCAACUCGCCAACCUGCAGAACCCGCCUCUGCAACGGCUCCAGCAGGAGCUCCAGGCGCUCGAGCAGCAAGAAAAGUCACUCCCCACCAAGCCGCAGUGGAAGAAGCGCGUGAUCGACAACCGGACGCGCUGGGUGCAGCUUACGACGCUGCCCGAAGCCGCGCGCGUUUUUUUUUUGUGCUCGACCACUUUACCCUCCUACGGCGCGAUCGAAGCUGUGGUCGUCGAGGGCGAGACGGCGUUUGUGCAGUUCCAGGAGCGCUUUGCCGGCGAAAAGGCCAUGAAGUUUGGACAGACGUACUUGAACACAGCGCUGACGAUGGCGUGGAGCGAGCAAGGCCCGGCGCCGACCGAGUCGAGCUCUGCGUAG